AUGUCGUUUCAAGAUUCAUCAUUGACUCCUCCAACAAUGGUGGAUGAUCUUAUUGAUAUUGAGUUGUUGCUUGGUGACAUCGGGGAAGAGGAGACAACGGAUGGAGGUAAUUUAGAGAUUGGUGAGUUGAUGGAUAUGGAGGUUCCAGUUCCGAGUGAUACAACUACUCAAACCAACCCCACUGAUAAUACUACUACUCAGACCCCUACUCAAAAUACUACAAACACAAACACUGAUGCUUCAACCCCUCAAGUUGCCCAAGCUCAGAGUUCCCAGAGUCAGAGAAAUGCUGAUGGUAGAGCUCGUCGUCCCAAAAAAUCUGCUGUUCAUUCUGAAAUGGUGCUGAUUAGAAGGUUAAGGUUGAAAGGAAAUAAUGAGAAAGAGUUUGCUCAGUCUAGAUUAAACAUAGGUGAUAAUACUCAUAGUUUAGCUACUUGGACAUAUAAUCAUGCUAGGGUUAGAGAAAUUGCAGCACACAUGAUUCUAGGUCAUGAAUUUCCUUUUUCUGUUAUGGAAGGUGUUAUUUUUAAUGAGUUUCUAAAAGAGAUUUAUCCAUGGUACAAAAAGAUUACUAGACAACAGGUUAAGUUUGAUUGCGAGACAUUUUAUGAGGCUGAGAGAAUUAAAAUGAAACGGUCUAUGGCUUUGAUUAAUAGGCUUCAUAAAAGAGUUUUAUCUUUUAAGAAUGUGCCACCACCACAUUCUGGAGAGGUUUUGUGCAGGGAAUUGAUAAAGGUAAUGGAUGAUUGGGGAAUAAGGGAUAAGGUAGCAUCUAUUUUUGUUGAUAAUGCCAGUGCCAAUGAUAAUUGCAUUGCUAGGUUGAAGAGGGAUUAUUCUGGUAGGAGAAAUUUACCCUUAGGUGGUAAGUUAUUUCAUGUAAGGUGUUGUGCACACAUCUUAAAUCUGUUGGUGCAAGAUGGGCUUGAUAUGAUUAAGGUGUCUGUUGAUAAGAUAAGAAAUGGUGUCAAAUACUUGCUCAAUUCUGAAACAAGAUGCAAAUCAUUCAAAAAGAUUGUUGAUGAGUUGCAACUUGAAGGCAGAAUGCAAGUGUUGGAUACAAAGACUAGGUGGAACUCAACUUGGUUGAUAUUGUAUACUGCAUACCAUUACAGAGAAGUGUGGCCUAGAUAUGCUGAGGAAAAUGGUGCAUUUCUCAGUUUUUUGCCUGAUGCAAAUGAUUGGGAAGAUGUUCAUGAUAUUUGCAAGUUUUUGGAGGUUUUUGCUGAUGUGACAUCAAUUAUUAGUGGCACAUCUUACCCUACUGCUAAUCUGUUUUUGUCUGAGCUUUACAGAGUGAAGGUUUUACUUGAUAAUCCUUCAAGAAUCUCACAUAAUCCUCAGUUGCAGGCCCUUGCUAGUGAAAUGAAGUUGAAAUAUGACAAGUAUUGGUCAGAGUUUAAUACAUUGAUUUCUAUUGGUGCAGUUCUUGAUCCAAGGUAUAAGAUGAUCUUCAUCAAAUGGGUAUACCCCUUUUUGUAUCCAAAUCCCACUCAAUCAGAUACAUAUCAACAACAAUUGUCUAAAAAUUUAAGUACCCUCUUUCAAUUGUAUCAAGAUUCCUAUGGAACCAAUGAUGCAACUACCCCUAUUGCUGCAUCUGAAUCUUCAGAAGUAGGAUCUACUUCUGGAUUGGGAAGGAGGAACUUUGAAAUGUUUUUAGAAACUGUUGUGGGUAAUAAUUCCAAAUCUGACCUUGAAUUAUAUUUUGAGGAGCUUCCUUUGAAAGUUCCCCCUAAUGCUAAAUUUGAUGUUUUAACUUGGUGGAUGGGAAAUGAGGCCAAAUAUCCUGUUCUUAGUAAAUUGGCAAAGGAUAUCCUAACUGUUCCACUUGAGGAGCCACAAGAUGAACCUUUGACAUAUCAUUUUGGUGAAGAUUUGGGUGUUUCAUCUACUGCUGCUGCAACUUGA